AUGACUUAUAAAUUAGACGAAUUUGCUACAAUUUGCUUGUGUGAGCAUUUUAAAUUAAGAAUAGAGAAAUGCCUCGUCACCAACAUGAACAACACCGACACCUUCCAAUGGCCGUUCCAAAACGCCACCUUCUACUACAACAACACCAACAACAACAACAACAACAACGCCGACAACUGGACCGCCAACCACACCACCGACUACCUCGACGCCUGGUCCAAAUGGACCGAACUGAUCCAGGACAGGGCCGUCGUGGUGACGUUGCUGUUGCUCUUCUCCAUGUGCACGGUCUUCGGCAACAUGCUGGUGAUCCUGGCGGUGAUCCGCGAACGCUACCUGCACACGCCCACCAACUAUUUCAUCACCUCAUUGGCCGUCGCCGAUUGCCUGGUGGGGCUGGUGGUGAUGCCGUUCAGCGCCCUCUACGAGGUGCUCGGCCACACGUGGUUCUUCGGAGCCGAUUGGUGCGACGUCUGGAGAAGCCUGGACGUGCUGUUCAGCACCGCUUCGAUACUGAAUCUAUGCGUUAUCUCAUUGGAUAGAUACUGGGCGAUCACCGAUCCCAUAGCCUACCCCAUGAGGAUGACCAAGCUGCGUUCGAUCUUCCUCAUAGCAGCCGUUUGGGUGUGCAGCAGCGCCAUAUCGUUUCCGGCGAUCGGUUGGUGGAGAGCGGUGAGGAACGCUCCGAUACCGGCCUUCACCUGCCCCUUCACCGAGCACCUCGGCUACCUCAUCUUCUCGUCCACCAUCAGCUUCUAUCUGCCGCUGUUCGUGAUGCUGUUCACCUACUUCAGGAUCUACAGGGCGGCGGCGGCGCAGACGAGAUCCCUGCGAUUGGGCACCAAGCAGAUCCUGCUGGGCUCCGGCGAGCUGGAGCUCACCUUGCGCAUCCACCGAGGCGGUACCUGCAAAGCACCAGGACCGGCUGAGUCCAGGUUGUACUCCACGCAGGAGGACGAGCCGCUGACGGCGUUGCAGGACAACGGAUUGACUCGUUUGGCAUCGACUCGGCUGAAUUCGGCGCACAGCAAGAACUUCUCGUUGAGCAGGAAGCUGGCGAAGUUCGCCAAGGAGAAGAAGGCGGCGAAGACGCUGGGUAUCGUGAUGGGGGUGUUCGUGGUGUGUUGGUUGCCGUUUUUCGUGGUGAAUUUGCUGUCGGGGUUCUGCUUGCAGUGCAUCAGCCACGAGCGCGUCGUCCUGGCGGUGGUGACUUGGCUGGGUUGGAUCAAUUCCAGCAUGAAUCCGGUGAUAUACGCCUGCUGGAGCAGGGAUUUUAGAAGGUGA